CUCCACUGCUAGUCUAUCUUUCCCUGUGUCCGAUCCUUGACGGCGGAGCGUUGAAUCUCAGGUCCAACUAUUUUGUCAAAUGUGACGAGUUUUUCUCUAUUAUUUUCUCCACAAGAAGACAGAGAGAGUAUAUUGUAACUUUAACCAAUGGAAUUGAGGAACUUAAGCCAUGUGUAUUUUAUUGGGGCAAUUAAGAGGGGUAUGGUGGAGAAAAUCAUUAAUGUAGAUUCUCAUGGAAGACGGGCCCUGAGGUUCAAAACAAUAGAGGCUAUAUAUGAAUCUGAAGAUGCCAAAAAUCUAGGUUCCUGCACAACAUUUCAGCAGCAAGAAGGGAGGUUGAUGGGUUCACCAUUUGGUUGUGGUGGGGUCAAGAUUGACAGGCCAGUUCUUCUCAUGGGUGGCAGAAAAAUCAAAAUUAACCCCGGACUUUGUCAUUUAGACAAGGAUGCUUGUGAUGACAUGGAUGACCUUAGCUUUAAUGAAAUGACACUAAAACAACUUAAGGAGAGAUGCAAAACAAAGAAGCGGAAACUUCCAAAAUCUGUUGACCUGAAAAAAGGUCCAUGCAGUCAUCUGAGUGAAGAUUAUGCUAAAUUGCAAUUGAAGGAAGAUGAUUCUGAUCUGGAGGAAAAUCUCAGCAGCUGGAAAUUAAAGCUGUCAAAAAAACUGAAGGCCAAACGGAAGUGCAUCAGGAAAGAAGUGCAUUCACCUUGUAAAUCUGCUGAUUCAGUUUCAGUAUAUGAACAAAUACCUAGUACCCCUCAAAAUUCACCUCAAAGUACUGUGGAUCUAACUGGACCCAUUAAAGCUGAGAUUGAGAUUUCAGGACCUGAGUUUUCAGAGUGCCCUAAUUUGGAUGGUUUUACCUUUGGUGCUACUCUCAAUUCCCACUCUACAGUUGAUAUCAGUGCAAACGUAUCUGAUGAAGUGGCAGGGUUAUGUAAGAGAAGUGAGUUGGCCAUUGGAGAAUCAACUUUUCUUACUACAGAGGGUCCAAGUUGUGUUGUUACAGAAGUUUCAAUUGAACGUUUGGAUCAUGACAAUUCUCUCUCUCUUCCUGCAAGUGCCGCAGUGGGGGAAGUAAUGGAGGACAGUUUUUCAGAGGUGACUGGUAAAGAAACUCUUUCUUUCCCCAUUUCUGAACUUGAUACAAAUGUUAGCAUUAUUCAGUCAACUCCUGACAUAAGCCCUAUGGAGGUGCCAUUGAUCACCAAUGAGCCAGAUUCUGAGACAUGUGGAAGCUGUGAAAGCUAUUCAUUUAUGCAGGGGACAUCAUGUGAAAUAGAUAGCAGCUGUGUGAUUCAUAUGCCUCAUAAGUUGAAUGAUGAUGGCUUUAGCUGCACAAAACCUAACUAUGAUGGUGGAUAUAUUUCAAAUGUGGAAAUGGGAGAUAGCAGCAUGGAGGAUACCGUUCCUGACCCUGAAACCAUAAGAAACUCUGACAUUCUUUACAUGUCAUUUCAGAAGUCGUAUCAGGGCUUGAAUUCUCCUAGUGAUUUUAGUUCUAUUAGUUGUAGUUCACCUACAAUUGAGGAUAAGCAGAAGAACUCAUCUUUGUCAGUAAAGGGACUGAUGUCUACUAGCAUGGAAACGGAAAGUGAUGGUGGCAUCAAGGAGGAUAACCUUCCUGAUCCUGAAACCAGUGUUAUGAACAGCACUGACAUCCUCUACAUCUCGUCUCAGAGUUGCCAUACAUGCUUGAAUCCUCGUAGCAGUUCAGAGGAUUUUAAUUCUGCAACUGACGAGAAACACUCAUUUCCCACAGAAGAGGAAUCAAUGUCUAAUAUUGCUGGGGUUAGAGACUGCUCUGUGAGUUCUGAUCAAUCUGAAAUUACUGCAAGUUGUACGGCCAUGGAAGUGAUUGAGAAUUUCUGUGAUUUGAAGCUGGAGUGCCCUCCAAAAAGGCUCCUUUCAAACAGAAAGGCCAUUUCUCCGACUUCCCAGGAAAAGCUUCGUCAAGCUGUGGAUGCUGGCUGCUUAAAUGAAAACAUAGGUCUUUCCAAGUGUAGGGAGAAACUUUGCUUUGGGAAACAGUCUAAGAUUAGGGCUUCUUUGACAGCAUCUGAUCUUAAGGAAGUUGAAGUCAAUGUAAUCCCUCAGAGGAUCAUCUUGAAACUGAAGAAUGAAAAGAGUAGACCUAACUUGUUGCUUCCUAAAGGAAUUCUCAAGUCUCCAAAUGUUUCUUGUGCAAUGCCACACGCUGCAGCUGAAAGCACCUCUGCCAACCCUUUUGCAGAGAGUGCUAUGGCAUUCUCUCAGCGCCAGAUGCGUGACAUCGAGUGUCUUGCAACGAAGCUUGUGAAGGAGUUGAAGUGCAUGAAGGAUAUCGUAGAAGAAAAUCUGCACUCUGAAGUCUAUCCAUCUAAAUCUUUGAAAUAUACUGUGGAUGAGAUGAGAGUGGCUGUUGACAAGGCUGGAGAAGUUGAAGAGACCACAAGAAAGUGGCUUUCCAUGAUGGCAAGAGACUGCAGCCGUUUCUGUAGAAUUAUGAGAUCGACUGGAAACAAGGGUGCUGCUGCUCCAACAUCUAGUUGUGGAGUUUACAAGGACAGGAAGAAGAUAGUCUUUGCAGAUGAAGCUGGUCGGCCUCUCUGUCACGUCAAGGUUUUUGAAGAUCAAGUGGCUUCUCUUUGUGGCUCUGACUGAAAAUGAGAAAUGCCUAGCCAACU